AUGGGGAGUCUGAUUAGCAAAGUGAAGAUCUGCCUUUCUGCAUGGUAUCCUGUGAGGGCUCGAGUUCUCCUGCUUGGUCUUGAUCACUCUGGCAAGACCACAACCCUUUAUCAACUGAAGCUAAAGGAGAAAGUCGCCACUAUCUCAACCGUGGGAUUCAAUGUAGAGACUUUGGCGCCCAUCAAUGGAGUCUCUUUCACUGUGUGGGAUGUGAGCUUGAAUACUCAAACAUGGCCUUUCUAUAAGCAUUAUUUUGCAAAUACACAAGGUUUGAUUUUUGUGGUGGACUGCAAGGAUGGAGAAAGACAUGUGGACGCCAAAGAACUUUUGCAUAUGAUCUUAGGGGAGACUGACAUGGAAGGUGUGCCAUUUAUCAUACUUGCCAAUAAGCAAGAUCUGCAAGAAACAAAACAACCGUCCGAGCUUGCACUGGAAUUGGAGAUGGAUAAGUGGACUGGACAUGCCUGGCAAAUAUUUGGAUGUUCUGCCAUGUCUGGUGAUGGACUACAGGAAGCCUUCCAUGCACUUUCCAUUUUGAUUAAGAAACGUGGAAUUACUAUGUCCUAA